CUCAUUUCGGAGCAGCCUUGGACGGCCAGUAAGCGGCGGCAGCUGCUGACAGCGUACCUGCAGGCCAAGGUGGAAGCCGAGGACCCUAACCUAGCUUCAGAGGGGGCCCACGGCUUUUGGGAGCUCUCCAUUAACAAGGAGCACCACGUAGACUUCCGGAUAGAUCGCUUGGCGGCUCUGCUCAACCGCUUGUCCGCACCCAACCUGGAGGUAGCCACCACCACUGCUGCAGCGGUAUGGGGCCUCGCCACCACUGCACUCAGCCGCAGGGCCCUCGCCGACCUGGACAUCGUCUCCCUGCUGCUGUCUAAUCUGAAGCGGUCGCUGAAAAUGCCGGUCAUUCCGGAUGAAGCUACGAUUGCGGCCGCGGCAGCGGCGGCAGCGGCUGCCGCUGCCGCCGCUGGACCAGCGGCUGCUGUGGCAGCGGCGGCGGCAGCCGCUACCGCCUCCACCAGCGGCUCCGCGACCAAUAACGCGGUACCGGAGGCGCAGCGCAACCGCUUCCAGUCUUUUCUCCUGGGGGCGUUAAGCGUGUUGCUGAUUGACCGCAACUGCCGGAGGGCUUAUGUGCAGCAGGAGCCGGAAUUCGGGACGCUGUUCACCUUGGCGAAGAAUUUGGACGGCUACGCGCCCGACGCCGCGGCGGCGCGGCGGGAGGCGUCGGCGAAGCUGUUGACGACAAUGGUGCAGCGCGACGCGGAUGCGCGGCGCAGCCUCAUUGCCAGCGGGGCGCUACGCAGCGUCAUAUCGCUGCUCAAUCCCAAGGCGAGUGGCCCUGGCGAGUCCAUGAUUCAGUUCUGUGCGGCCUCCCUGCUGGCCACCAUGGUGCUGGAUGACGACGCCAUGGAGCUGAUCCGGGACCGGGGGGAGGCGCCCCUCAUGUUCGAGGCGUGUAUCGUGCUGCUGCACAGCACGCUGAGCAAGCUCAAGCGGGAGGUGGCGAGAUUCUACGGCCAGCUCACACCGGAGGAGAUGGAGGCCACUCCGGCCUUCGACGUGGAGCUGGGGGUGCGACUGGCGGAGGCGGCGUCUCAGGCGAUGUGGGGUAGCGCCCACUACUGCGUGAUGAUGGACCCCAUUCAGGUCAAAAUGGAGCACAUCUCGCAGCUGGGGGUUAUGGGCAUGGACUGCUACAACACCGUUGCACUGCCGCUCUCCCGCGUGGCCCACUGCAUCACCGCCUCGCUGGCCACCCUCUCCGCCAACCCCGACGCUGCAACCCUCAUUAUGAACUCGCCCGGCGACGUGGCGCUCAACUUCCUGAUGGCCAUGCUAGAUGCCAUCGAGACGCAGAACUUUGAGCAGGCGGGUCACGUCAAGGCGUCGGCGUGUGCGGGCGUGGCGUUCCUGGCGUGUCACCCCAUUGGUGCCGAGGGCGACGAGUGCAUGUAUGGGCCCUUCCGUGCCAAGCUGCUGGCGAUGGGCGCUUUCGGAGCGCUGCUGCGGGCGGCGCUGAGCAGCGUCAUGGAGUCGGACUGCGACCGUAUCAUACAGCAGGCUGCCGCCAUUGGUCUGAUGUACCUGUCCACCAUGGCGGGUGCCGUGGACCCCGCAGAGCUGGCCAUGUACGCGGCGCUGCUGACGGACAGCGACAACAGCGAGAUGAUCGAGUUCCUCAUGGCGGGAAUGUGGAUCCUGCUGCGUAACGGAAACAACAGAAAGGUCCUCGGCACGUCCUUCAACCCCUCGCCCGCGAACCAGCUGGCCAAAAAUAUGAUCAACAAGCUGAAUGACGCCAUUACAUUGCACGAAAUUAAUGACGAGGUAGCUGCUAAGACGGCCAAGCUGCGCCAGGUGGUAUCGGCUGGGGCGGAGUCAGCCACGACACAGCGGUCUGCGGCGGACGGCAGCGUGUACGACGGCCAGGAAGGCGGCGACGCUACGGGCCGUGAUGCCGGCGCCGAGGGAGUUGACGGCGACGCCGCCGCCGCCGCGGCCAUGGAAGAUACGGAGGAGCUGGACCGACAGCAGCAGCUGCAAGGGGAGGAGGCGAUGGCGGCGGGAGGCGCUGAGGACCGGGCAGCGGCCGAUGCAGCGGCCGGGGAAGAAGCGGCCGGGGCAAAUCAGGAAGGCGACGCUGCGGCAGUGGAGGAGGGUGCCAUGGAGGCGACGGCCUUUGGACUUGAAAUUGAGCCGACGCCGCCGCCGGUUGCGUCCGAGCCGAGUGCAAUUGAAGCAGAAGAUGGCGCCGGCGUUGUCAUUGGCGGCGGCGGCAGCAGCAGCCGCUUGCCGACGGCCCCAGGCUCCACCACUGCUCGUAGCGAUCGAGCACGAGGGCACUCCAGCACGCGCUCUCGCGAGGGUGAUUCCGGAAGUCAUGAGCGGCCCUUCCCUGGAGCCAUGAUGAUCCAUCGCAGCGAGUCACGGGACCGAGUACGGCGCAAGGCGGAGGUCAUGAAGGGCCGCAUGCAGCAGCUUGAGAAGCGGUUCGACAAGCAGCUCAAGGACAACUGGGGCUUGGAGACGCUGGUGUCUGUGGGGGAGUCCUGGCUGCCGGCCAUGCUGGAUCAGGACGAGGACGGCGAGGCCACCGACGUUCCCGUGCUCAAGCUGUUUGAAUUCCUGGUGGCGUCCAUCUGUAUGUUCAUGGUGGAUGAUGACGGGGUUCCGGAGCGCAGGGAGCUGGACGUCUUCCGACUGUCAGCACCGGAGGGGGCACGACACAAGACUUGGUGGACCGUGGACGUGCGCGCACCCGAGUCGGACGGCAGCGUGGACUCCGACACGGAACGAGCGCUGCGCAUUCUAUUGCAGAUCCUCGGCAUGCAUCUGUCGGCCGCGUGGAAGUCCAUGCAGCUAGGCGUGUUGACGCUUUGGAACGCCUGCUGCCGCCACCCAAACAUGGAGCGCCACGUGGUGGAGCGCGGCGUGGCACUGAAGCUGCUCAUGGUGAUCAACAACCCCUCCUGGCCGCCUUCCCUGCGAGAGAUCUCCGCCGGCUGCCUGGAGUUCUUCCAGGAGCGUUGGUCCAACCUGCAGACGUUUGGGUCCGGUGAGCCGCACCUGAUGCCGGCGGGGCUACCGGCGGAGGUGUCCGGACUCACCGUGGGUGCUCGUCCAACCGACGGCGUGGUGCCCUACACGGCGGCCAUGUCCUUCCUCCGCGAGGCGAAGGCCGUCGCCACGGCGCUGGGUGCUGUCGAGGCCCUUGUGGCGCUCAUGAAGCGCCUAAAUAGGCGGUACCAGGAUUUGGGGCCAGCUGGCGCGCUGCCGGGCACGUUCCGCCCGGGGGCGGCGUCAGCCGCUACCGCCGCCGGAGGCAGGAUUUACUCCCCCGGCGAGGAGAACCCCGCCAUUUUUGAGCGCGACAUGCACAACUUGGAGGCAGUUCAGGAUAUUUACUUUGUGGCCAUGGCGGCGUUGCUCAACAUGUCGGUCCUGCGCGCCAACCAAGUGCCCGUUGCGCGGCGGGGCCUGCUGGUGCUGUUGGGCACCAACACCGUUUUCUAUAAUCGGGUAGUCGCGCUGCGCGCGCAGCACCCGCACAACCGCACCCGCAUGUACAAGGCAGAGCUCAAGGGCAGUGUCGCUCUGGACAAGGUCAUAGAAGCCGCCACCGAUGUGGACGAAAAGACCCUCACCGCCGCGUCCUUCCUGCCCUCCAUCUCCAGCGCGCUUUCCAUCUCCGCAUCGCCCAGCGCCAUGUCCGUUGUCUCUGCAGCACCGCGGCUGGUCUCCGGAGGCGGUGGCGGCAACAAGGCCGGCGGUCGGGCCGGGCCGGCUGCGACUACGGCUGUGGCCAGCAGUCGUGUGGCCGGGGCGCUCACACCCAAUCCUAGCUCUGCGCGGAUGGUCAGCCCGUCACGACGAGCGCUGUCCAGCCCUAAAACUUCACCCAACGGCAUGAUCCUGAACAACAGCAUCGACACGGCACUUGCGAGCAGUGUGCGCCCCAAGGUGGUGUUCCCGCCAAUCUGCGAGCGCAGCAGCUUUGAAACGGGGCAGCCGCAGCGCUACCCGAGCGCCGGCGGGGCAAGCAAUGGCCCGGCAAACCGGGCAGGCAGCACGCACAGCACGAGAAGCGGCAUGGCAGACGACAACGGCGUGGAGGCGGCGGAGGUCAGCGAUAGCGGCGCUUCCACCUUGCGACAUGUGCCCGUCACGGACUCCCGGUACCGCUUCCUCUCCUGGAUCGACAACACGCUCAACGAAAUCGAACCGACGAGCUCUUCCAUGACUUUCCCGGGUCGAGGGAAGGGCGCCGGCGCCGCCUCCGUCGCUGCCGACGACCGCACCGUCUCCGCCAGCCGCGCGCCCACGCACCGCAAGCCGUUGUGGGACGAGAACGGCGAGUGGCUGCCCAACGAGCCCGAGUCCUUCAAGGCGCUCAACAAGCUGCUAGCACGGCCGCUGAGUCACCUGUGGCAGGAGAUGCCGGAGCACAGGGCGCGGCAGGGCAGGCAGCGUUGGGAGCCCAUAGUGUCCGAGUACCGGGAACUGCAAUCUGACAAGCCCCUCACGCGCCCCGCCGCCAAGCUGUUGUCCACAUUGCCGCCCAAGGACCAGGAGGAGCUGCUGGACGGCAGCCGUGCUGGAUCCGGCGGCGGUGUCGGCGGCGGCGGCCUGGGCUCGAUUGCGGAUGAGUUUGGAUUUGCGCCUCCGCCUUCCAGCGGUGGCGCUGACGGUGCCGCCGGCGGCGGCCGCGUCAACGGCGGCACGCCGCAGCAGCCGCUGCCGCCAUCCAGCAUGGCGAGCGUCCUGGCUGGGGAGUUCAGCAUGGAUAUCACCAAGCCGUCGCCGUCAGCUGCGUCGUGGACUGACGGGCCGCCUCACCGGCCGUCCACGAGGGAGCGGGAGAACGGGCGGGUGGGCCUGACGGUACUGCAGGCGGCACCGGACGUGCUGGCCGCCACGGCAGCGCGCAAGGCAGCUGAAGCCGCCGCCGCCGCCGCUACGCACUUUGGCGGCGUGGGCAUGGACAUCAAUACGGACGGCGACGGCGCCGCCAGCGACGGUGAGGGCACCGGGCGCAAGCCGGUGCCGCUCAAGGUUUGCUUACACCCCCGCAGGCCUCGACAAGUCAUUACCUUUGAGGACCGCAUUAUUGUGGACGCGGCCUCUACACGACCUACCCUGACGCUCUUUGAGCACGUAGAGGGGUCUAAGGUUUCGGAGGGGCUUUUCCCGUCCUACAUCCUGCCUAACGGUAAACGCGCGCACAUGUACUACAGCGGCGGUACGCUACUGGACGAGGCGCUGCAGCAGACGAUGCCGCUUGCCAACGUGCUCAACCUCAUCGCCAAGCCACCCGGCAGUGCGCCGCCGUUCAUCCCGUACAAGCCCGUGCCGCGGCUGGUACCGCUGCCGUCCAUGCACACGGUGACUGUGAAGCGGCCCGACCAGCUGGUGGCGGAGGCGUUCGGUGACCUGCGGGAGGACAACCUGCAGCUGGUCAUCCAGGCCAAGAAGAUCAUCAAGACGCAGACCACCACGCGCGUGGAAAACAUUGAAAUCAAGCCCCAGGAGGAGAGGGAGCCGUGGACGCUGCCCAACUCCAUCUUCAAGAACCGUGUCAAGGAGUGCGACGCGCGGGCGUUUUACGAUGCACACCAGGUGGAGGAGCGCAUGUUUGAGCGCGACUGGCAGCGCGCCUGCUCCAAGGAGAAGUUCACCAGCAUGAUGUCACGAGAAAACAAGGCCAACAAGGAGGGCAAGGACGAGAAGGUGGCCAUCAAGGAAAUCCACGACGUGCUGCUAAGGCACUGGCCGCAAGUGUACGGCGCCUACGUGUACUACGCCGCUGGCGGCACUGGCGACCCCUACCACAUGUCGCUCAAUGCCUUCACCACGUUUCUGGAUGAUUGCGGCAUAGCCGACCCCGAGUCGCAGUACUGCAAACGAUCUGAUUGCGACACCAUCUUCAUUGUGUGCAACUUCCAGCCGGACAAGAAGAGCGCCGAAGCGGCGGUCAACAUGGAAAACGCCAUGAUGCGAUACGAAUUCCUGGAGGCUAUUGUGCGACUGGCCAUCGCCAAGUACGGCAAGGGCCAACAAACCGACGAUCUGGGUACCGCUGUGACGAUGCUCAUCGAGCGGAACAUUCUUCCCCACCUCGUGCCCGGGGCGCUGCUCAACUCCAACACCUUCCGUACAGAGAGGCUGUACCACGAGGAGGUGGACCAGGUGUUCAAGAAGCACAGCGUGCUGCUCAAGGCGCUGUACAGCCGCUACCGCCUCAAGCCCGUGGGGGGCGGUCUGCGGCCCAAGGUGCUCAAACUGGACGGCUGGCUGCAGUUCGCGUCGGAUGCGCAAAUCAUUGACAGCCAGUUCACGCUGCAGGACUCCGCGCUGUCGUUCUUGUGGGCACGCAUGUACGUGAUCGACGAAAUUAAGGACUAUGCGCGCUACACCUGCCUCUCCUUCACCGACUUCCUGGAGGCGCUUGGCCGCGUGGCGGACAUGAAGUCGCUGCCCUCCUCGUCCGACCUGGACAUGGCUGGCUACGACAACGUCCUCGACACCCCCAAGACGCGACCACUCUACCUCAAGCUGGAGAUGUUUCUGGACCUGGUAUUUCGGCGGCUAUACUGGGACCCGUCGCAACCGGAGGUACCCUUCAACUACGAUGGCCUGCUCAAGCUUAUCAAGAAGAUCGACAAGGAGCUGGGCCCGACUUAUGCGGUGACCUGGAAGCCCGGGGCAUCGCUGCGGGUGGAUUGA